UCCCCCUUUCCACACCCAGCUAUCAGUGAAGGCAAAGGAGGCUCACUUCUCUGCAUGUGCAUGUUAUCUGUUGAAAAGGACCAGCUCCUCAAAGUCAUUUUCUCUUUUCCCCCUUCCUUUGUGUCAAGUGUCUAAUAUAACACCGGCAUGGCUCUUAAAUGACAGCUCUUGUUUGUCAGCGCAGAGCCAGGCAUCGAGAAAACAUCAGUCGUGCACUACACACUUGGAUUUUGUAUCGUGACUGAGAUGAUUGUCUUCCCAUGUGAUUCAGCUUUUUAUUUGCUACUGUCCUCCUUUCUCCCUCUUUUAUAUUUUGAGCUGGCAUUUCUCUUCAUGGUAAGAACAAAACCAAAGGGUUGGAUUUAUUCAGCUGGAGAAUUCUUUUUGGCACAUUUUCCUCUACCAACAUAUAAUCUGCAUCACUUUUGGAUUUACUUCCCACUUAUAAAGGACUGCAGCCUCCAGGGAUCACAGAGCACAGAUAUGCAAAUACCCAGCAGACAAAGAAAUGGAGGAUUAACUGAGAAGACCCAAUAAAAGUAUACAUGGAUUACUAAGCAGAUGUUUCCCUGUCCCUGAGAUGGAAGUGCCAAGCAUCAAGGACUUUCAGUGGAAAACUUUAGCACCUUUGCCCAGUCCAAGAGUCUAUUCUUCCCUGGUAGAGGCUGGUGGACAGGUGUUUGCCAUCGGGGGCUGUGAUGACAAUGGUGUGCCAAUGGACUGCUUUGAAGUGUAUUCCCCAGAAGCAAACCAAUGGAAUUCUCUGCCCCCGAUGCCUACAGCCAGGGCUGGGGUAGCAGUAGCUACACUGGGCAAGAGGAUAAUGGUGAUUGGAGGCAUGGGAGCCCAUCAGAUGCCUUUGAAGAUAGUGGAGAUGUACAACAUAGAUGAGGGCAAGUGGAAAAAAAGAAACUCUUUGAGAGAAGCCUCGAUGGGCAUCUCUGUGUCAGUAAAAGACUACCGAAUCUAUGCAGCUGGUGGAAUGGGAGCAGAUCUACGUCCUCACAAUUAUAUGCAACACUAUGAUAUGCUUAAAGACAUUUGGGUGUCCUUGGCAACUAUGCCUACACCCAGGUAUACUGCCACCUCCUUUCUGCGUGGCACUAAGAUCUAUGUUCUGGGUGGAAGGCAGUCCAAAUAUGCUGUGAAUGCCUUUGAAGUCUUUGAUAUUGAGACCAGAUCUUGGACCAAGUUCCCCAAUAUUCCCAGCAAAAGGGCUUUCUCCACCUUUGUUUGCACAGAGAACAACAUCUUUAGCCUUGGAGGAUUGCGGCAGGGCAGAUUGUACCGUCAGCCUAAAUUCAUGAAAAAUGUGGAUGUCUUUGAUAUCGAGCAAGGAGGCUGGAUGAAGAUUGAUCGCUCAUUUUUUCUGAAGAAACGACGGGCAGAUUUCAUUUCUGGAUGUUUAAAAGGAAGAAUUGUUGUUGCAGGAGGACUAGGAAACCAGCCAACUGUUCUGGAAUCAGCUGAGGCCUUUCAUCCUGGAAAAAAUAAAUGGGAAAGUUUACCACCUAUGCCUACUCCACGAUGUGCUUGCUCCACUAUUGUGGUAAAAAACUGCCUUCUAGCGGUAGGUGGAGUGAAUCAGGGUUUGAGUGAUGCCGUAGAAGCAUUAUGUGUCUCUGAUUCCUAGCAGGCAUGUCAUUGGAUGCUCACCAUUCAUAGUGAUCUACAGACCAAGAAAUAGCUCUGUAGCUUUAAAGCUGGGCCAGUGUCUUCAGUAUGUGAAAAGUUGACACUUUUCCUUCACCAACUCAAAGCAGCACUGCCUUGCUUUCCUCUAAUUCCUUUCAUAGUGUCCUUUGGAAACAACAAAUUCUCGCUCCAUGUAACUACACAGUCUUGUGGUUCUGUCAUCUGGCAGAAGCUCUUUCCUAUAAUGAUGUCAUCAUCUCUGCAAGCAUUACGGAGCACCACUGACUCAUGAAUUUAUAGGACAUUCCCACUGUCAACUCUGAAUGGCCGGAAAUCAGGCCAGUUUUGUAAUGGAGCAGUCAAGGUUCAUAGCCUGACAUGAAGUUUCAUCCAAGGAUGAGGAAGCAUAUCAUCUAGGACUAUGAGAAGAUUUUGCCUUCCUCUGAAAUAUCAUGUACUAGUCACAGCUAUUGAACAAAAUCGUUAAGAUUCUGUGCUGAGCUUUUCCAAGUACUUUUUGAAGAAUAACAAUGGAAACAAAGAAGGGAAUCCCACAGAGCUAGAGUGCAAUGUGCCCCAGCAUUCCUGAGCUCUUUGGAAUAGUGCCAUUAUGAUAAUGAACUUACUGUUUUUCUGUGGGAAUCUUGAAGAGUUCGUAGUCUUCAAAAUUCCCCACUGUGAUAUUGCCAUAUAGGGAUUCAAAGCAUCUUGUAUGAAUGUCUUCCCAAUCAUGCAGCUUAUGAUCUUGAAGUCACAUCAAUUUGUGUGAGAGCAACAAACAUAUUACCUUGAUUAGUAAUAUAUUCUAUCAUUAGAAUGGCAGAAUUGUUCUGUCCAAAGACCUGAAAACAAAAGGUGAAGAAUCAAAUUCAGGAGAAAAAUGCCUCUGUCCCAGGAACCAAGGUAUUACUCCCUUCAAUGAUCCUCCCUCCAUCCCUUCCUCUUUGUUUGUGUGUGUGUCUCUGUAUAUGUGUGUGUAUCUUUCACACAUUCUCCAACCCCACAAUUGGUUCCAUCCAAGGUACACAAAGUGUGGUUGAGUUUAAUAUAAUUGAUGUCUGAGUAGCAGGGAAGUUAUGGACUUGGCUCAUAGCCACUUUCACAUGUCCCAUGGCAACAGCAACACUUGGGUGCAGUCUUGCUUGUCUUUUUUUUUUUAACCUGUUUCAUGCAUUGUUUAUCUUCAUUAACCUGCAGGGUGAAAUGGUCAGUUUCACCCAAGUGCACAAUUGAUCAGUUCUGGUUAGUUAUUAACAAGUAACACAAUUAAAAUCAAUGUUCAUAUUGUAACUUGAAUAACUCCUAUAGGCAGUUAGUGUUCUGUUCUUAUACAGAGAAAAGAGAGAGACCAAAGUUUACAAGAAUACUAUUCUUAGUAUUGAUUUAGCUACUAUAGAGCAAUCAUACACAUACACUAAGGGUUUUUCUGCACUGCAAUCUUAAGCUGCUUAGCUCUUCUGUACAUACUGCCUGGAAAUGAAGCAGGCUUAAGAAAUCCAUUUCCAAAUUUCGACUUUUUGUCCUCUUUGGUUAUAAUGAUGACCAGGUGUCUCAUUUGGAUUGUAGUUACCACUAGUCCUGAUUGGUGGAUUCCUACCUUCUUUAUCCCUUCUCCCAUUCCAGGAACAUACAUGCAAAUUGCUUUCUGCAUUGUGGGCAACAGAAUUUAAGGUUAUGUAGUUUCUACUGAUGGACCUCUUCUAUGAGCGCCCCACCCUCAUUGACUCCCCCUCAUUUUCCUAUCUGGUGCAUUACAUUUUUAUCAUUCCUGCUUCACUUGGCUGCAAGGGAAAACUUGUCAAGUUCAACAGAUUAUGUAAGGGGGGAAAAUGGUCACAUUUCACCAUUCUGCCUGUGAAAUUGCAAAAAAAAAAAAAAGUGAAAUGAAGAAAAGAAA